AUGCUAAGUCUCUCGGGUCUUUCAACGCUUUCGAGACAUAUACGAACGCUAUCCACGUGGACGCGCAUCCACAAUUUCGGACUGCCUUCGCGCCCGACAAAAGGAAUCAAGCUCGCGCAUAUCUUCAAAAAGGAGUCUCCUAGUCCAGUAUGGAAGCUGGUCACUCAAUUGUAUCAGCCUCAAAGACUGGCGCUGUCUUCGGCGCUGUUUGAGAACGGACUUCGCAUCGAUCAGUUCAAUGCAUGGCAAGCUAUCUUACACCAGUCCGACAUUGGAUGCGCGAUGAAACUUCUCUCCAAAAUGCGUCCUGGAGCUGGCGUGGAGCGCCCUGACGGAGGGGGGAAGUCUCCUCCAUCGUGGGUGACGCUGUACCUUGUCUCCGCCAAAGUACGCACACCGCGACACGCUGAAGGACCAAUGAUGGACCUGGUACUUUCCAGCAUAGAGUCCAUGCCUGCCGUCACCAAAGGCCCAUUGCUUGUUAUGGCAAUGGUUCAGCUUGCCCGGUUCAAUUUGCUGUUACCGAUGCGAACCAUUGUCCAUGAAUUCCUUCGCACCCCUCUACACAACGCCACACUUGAAUUCAAUCUAUUUCUCCAAGCCAUCUCUACCGUCUCCGUACCCACACUCGAAUCCGCAAACCAGAUUGUAGCCAUCCUGCAGGCCAUGGAGUCGCGACAACUUACUCUUCGAUCUGAAACGUACAAGCAUCUACUCAGAGACAGGCUUCUAAACGUACAACUAACGAAGUACUUGCGGCAGCGCAUGACCCUCGAGGGCUUUGUACCGACAGCGGAGCACCUCGAGGCCUACUUGCAGGUAUUCGCUAGGAGAGGAUCAAUCCACGAUGCCCAACAGUACUUCGAAGCCAUACGAACGGAGGCAUUGAACAAGGGUUCUGCCGUACCCUUGGUCUCUCAGCCAACGGAUGGUGGACCCACUGGCGUCCCACAUCCAGCUAAUGUGUCUCUUCUUCGUGCCCACGGAGACCGCUCGUCGGCCUUCAUGUAUCUCUCGAGGUUGCUGGAUGCGAAUCAAAGCCCGGAGAUCAAGGCCAUCGAGAGCACAGACCGCAAGGUUCCGCCAUCAGUGACCCGGGUUUCACGUACCAAAAGAUACCCGCGAACCUCAGUCAAGAGGUCCAUAGACGCAUACGAUUGGACGACAGCACUGGCGGUAGCGGCGAAUGACCUUAGCACCGACUGGAGGGCCCUCAUCAGAGUUUUCGAGCGCGUACGGAAGUCUAAUGAUCCAUCUUUCCGCCCUACGACUGUCACAUACACAAUCUUGCUUCGAGGACUGUAUAGGCGAAACAAGUUCGACGAAGCGGAGAAGUACUGGUGGAUUCUCCUUCGCUCUGGACAUAUCAUUGACUCUUAUGCACUGGGGAUUGGCUUGCAGAUCAUCACAAGGGCGGGAAGGCCGCACGAAGCGUUGUCGAUGCUUGAAGCGUUUGCGUUUAACCAUUCGAGUCAUCUACCAGCGCCUCGCAAGCGGUACAAACCCAUCAGUAUUGGUAUCAUCGAGAUGAACCUUUUCAUGGUAGCGCUCAACAGGGAGAGACGUCCUGACAUCGUGUUCAAACUCUGGGAUCACAUGCGUAAUCUAUACGAUGUACGACCCAAUCAUAUCACGCUAUCUAUUCUCUUGCAAGCAGUGCGUAUAGCGUACAAGCUAGACGAUUCGCUCUCUGGCGCCGUGGCUCAACUCGCUGCAAAGAACCCCUUCAGAAAAAGAAGACAGCCCCCAUCUUCUCGAAGCGACGUCCUCGCAAUGUUCAGAAGUAUUGCUGGCGACCCUGAAGCUGGACUGCGCAAGUACAGGUCCGGUAUAUGGGAUGAUCAGCCGCCCUUCGAGAAAGCGAGGAAAAUAUUCCUUCAGGUCAUGUUUGGCGAGGCCCCAGAGACUUUGCGGACGAUAAUCUCACCUGCCAAUGCCGUCAGGCUGACGCAAGAGCACCAUCCCCUCUCCGAACUGGCAUCUCCAUUCGGUUUCUCAAGAAAGCCAGCCGUAUCCCCUACGUUCUUCAACGACUUGCUAACGCCAGAUGGACGGAGUCACUAUCCUCAAAUAGUGCCCACCAACCUGAAUUGCUUCGACUACAUCGCCCUGCUAGGGGUCUGCGAUCGGGCGUCGGAGAUCCCCUUGGUGCUUGCGUGGAUGCGUCGCCUUAACAUCCGGCCGUCCCGUGCGACGCUGAGCCUCGCAUUGGCGUUUUGGGUGGAGGUUAGCACGCAGGCGCCAUUGAUUGAACAGCUGUCAGGCGGUCCUGCGUCAAGCCAGUAUACUAGGCUGGUGAACUGGAUGGAAGGGUGGGUGGGAAAGGGUAUGAUGCCGACGGAUGUAGAUAUGAGAAAGUGGACAACGGUGGCCGCUCAGAUGCGAGAUACCCCUCGAUGA